GCUGGAGCACCUCUCCUGUGUGGAAAAGCUGAUAGAGUUGAGGUUGUUCAGGCUGAGGAAGAGGAGGCUCUGUUGAGAUGUUAGAGCAACCUUCCAGUACCUAAAAGGUGCCUACAAGACUACUGGAGCGGGACUUUUCACAAGGGUGUGCUUUAAUGGGACAAGGGAUAAUGGCUUUAAACUGCAAGAGGGUAGGUUUAGAUUGAAUAUUAGGAAGAAAUUCUUACUGUGAGGGUAGUGAGGCACUGGAAUCAGUUGCCCAGAGAAAUUGUGCAUGUCCUGACCCUUGCAGUGUCCAAGGCCAGGCUGGAUGGAGCUUUGAGCAACCUGGUGCAGUAAGAGGUGUCCCUGCUUGUGGCAGGUGGGUUGGAACACGGUUAUCUUUAAGGUAAUUUCCAACCCAAACCACUCUUUGAAGAUUUGUGAAGUACGUAGCUAUUGCUUUACAGAGCAGGUAUUUGCAUAGAAGAGAGAAUACAAGGCCAUGGUCUCAAGUCAUAGAAGGGAUGUUGGAGGCACUCAGAAGGGGUGGGAGAUGUUUUGGGACUGUGUGUAAGUAGCACUUUAUAUAGGCAGCUGACUGCCUAACGCCAGCUCUUCCGUGUCAGAGGCGUGGAAACCUACUGAAAUUGGCACUUGUUGUGCUGCGUUCAGCAUCUGUUUGAAAGCUCAGGUCAGCAGUCUUCUAUUCACAUACCUAUUUCUGAUUUUUUGUGGCUGGGGGUCUGUUUUUUAUGUAGUAGGUUUUACUGAAUUAUUUGUGUAAUCCCCAAGCUAAUUGUCUGCUUUUCUUUUAAACUGCUAAAUUAAUCUGAUUCUUUCAGUUGGCAUUCUGCAAAUGCCGGAAUAUUUGAGAGUAUUCCUUUGUGUGCCAUGAUUAUUUUAUGGAUUCCUAGUUUGAUCCAGAGAGUUUGUUACACUAGUAUAGAAUACAUACAGGUUAAGCUUUAUGGUAAUAAAUUGGGAAGGCUGAUGUGUGAGCUUUGGAAUGUAUAAAUAAUUUUAAAGUAUCUUGACAAGCUGUCGUAUAAGUGGGAUGCCAGAAUAUGGUGUUUGCCCCCUUGCUACAAUUAAUCUGUUUUUUUUAAAUGUGUCUUUGUGCUAAGAUGUUUCCAUCACCAUUCAGUCCAGCAAGGGCCUGUCUUGCCACCAGCAGUGUACAGGAGCAGUAGUAACCUUUGGUGGAGCUAGAGAUGGUGUCUUAAUCUGUAUUACCCAAAUUUACCUGCAGCUGAUGUCUGAAAUGAUGAGUAGCAUAAAGUGAAUGCUGAAUUAUUAACAUGCUAACUUUCCUGGAAUAAUUUUGGCUGUCAUGUCUAUCAUUAUGGUACUGACUACCUGUCAUGCCCUUAAGCACCUUCUCUAAUAAUUGAUUUCUUGAAAAUUGACAUGAUCUGCUUAUGUGUUAGUUUUAACAUUCUUACUGACGGAAUUCCCCUUUGAAUUUUUGCAGGUAUAGUUCAACAUGUAUUGUGAUACUGGUACAGUGGCGAAAUUAAAACAGUUUUUACUCAAUAGCGAUAUCUGAAACUUCAGCAUUGAAAUAUAUAUUGCAAAUUGAGAACUUAAACUAUUGAUUAAAAGUGAGUCUAAGUGACUUAUUGUGGAAUUGAAGUUGCAGAAUGAAUUGGACAUGAAAACCUUGAGUUUUUAUGCUUACAAGUUGCCAAGUGGCUGCUUCUUGCCAAGUAGUCUCGUGUAGAUGAAAAGUGAAACAGUUCAGAUAGCCUCAGUGCAGACACCUGAAAAAGAUUCCGUGUGUCCAGGCAACAAUAUUGGAGCCUGCUGCCAGAAAAAAAGGGUAAUGGAAGUUUGCUUCACUCUGCAGUUUCUAGAGAUAGUAAUUCUUUUAACUAGACUUCUUAAAAAGUUUCUCUAGCCUGAUGGAGAAAUAGAGCAUCCUGUAAAAGGAGAGUAUUGUGUUUUCUGAAACAGUCUGGACAAGUCAUCUGUGUUCUGAAACAUGACUUUCUUUACCAUAUUAUGGAUUGAAUAUCAUUUGACUACAGGUGUAUUGAUUCUGUUACAGUAUGGGAGUACAUAAUUAUAUAUUGUGUAGGAUCAGCUGCUUGUCUUCCACAUUGGUUAUAACUGCCUUAAAAAUGCUUUGAGAUAUGCCUUAUCUGAAAUGAAUCAAAUCAGGCUGAUUUAGGAAGGUGAUGAAUCUCUGUUAGCAAUAAGGAAAUUACUUUCUAAACAAAUGGACCCUCUUAAAAAUUAUAAUAGCCUUUACACUUGUACAUGCUGAUUCUGUUAAUAGUAAUACAGUGUUGUUACUGAAGUAACUUUGCUAGUAAUUAGAAGCAGCAUCUUAAUCUGGAAGAGAAAAAGGGAAAGAAUGUUCUAAAACUGUGAGAUAUAAUGAUAACUAUGUGUUUUAACAAUUCCUAUUUGGAGCCUUCAGUUCCUGUAUUACUUAAAUUACUUCUUUUGAAAGACUGUGUGUGUAGGCUGUGAGUUGACAUAACAGAUGCCUGAAUUCUCUUUCCAAGCUGCAUGCUUUGCAGUAAACAUUAAACUGCCUAUAGCAUCGUAACUCUUAAUAUUUGGCAACUCAUGCUACUGGUUUUCUUAUGUUACCAAUUUAAACUUGCUGGUGAUUUUAUUGUGGUGUUGAAUGACCUUUUUUGCAUUUAAUUUAACUCCUGAUGUAUUUAAAUUUAGCAAGUGAUAACAUGGCUAAAAAAAGCUACAAAUAGAUCUAAGUAGUGUGGCAGAGAAUUUAUGCCUUCUGUAACUGUCUGCACAUCAGUAGUAGCCAAGUUGUUUUUUUUUUUUAAAUCUGCUCUGCUGGCUCAGUUUUAGUGCAUUUAUACCUGAAGACUUAUAUUAGAAAUUGAAGAGAAGCCUUAUUUGAGAGAGGGGAAGUCCUUCCACUGGUCAUUGGUGUCAUAUAUAAAGCAAUAAAACCCCAUUCUUAUUAUCCCUUUUAAAUUUGAUACAUCUUGGUUUCUGUCAUUGUCAAACAUACCAGCAUUAGUGAAUUCUUGCUGUAUUUUUUGUACCUGGUCCUAACUGAAGUACUGUUAUUUUGAUACUUUUUGUUUUUCACCCCACUUGGUGGAGUUUAAAUUCCUUCUAAGGUUUGGAUAUACUCGUGGUCACACUUUGGGUUGUGUUAUAUUGUAAGACAGGGAAAAACCUGAUUAGUUGGCAUGCGUGUAUUGUAAUGGCUUCAUUCCCCUAAUAUACAAAAUGUGAUGCUGUUAUGCCUUUGAGAAUCUUAAAUACAGUCCUAAAUACAGGAUCUGUGCAGAAAGACAUGUAUAAACCAGGUUUAAGGGAUUUUUGGUGUUUUUUGGUGUUUUUUUUUAGUGUCAGAAACAGCAGAAAUUUAAGAUACGGUAUUGAGGAUAAAAAAAUUCUUAAUUGGCUUCAAUGAUAGUAACAAGACUUGAUUCAAAAUCUGACCUGUUCUAAAUGCAUUGUUAGCUGGUAGGAGCUAGGGUAAAGUUCUCUACUCAGAUAAAUAUUAAUUUUUGAGGACUCUGGAUUAAAAAAAUCACUGAAUACUGGUCACAGAGGAAUUUGUCAAGGUAGCCAUCUGUAGUCUGUUCUUCUGAACAUUUCAUACAAGGCACUCAGAAGAAUAUGAAUCUUUUGGAAACUAUCAGACUUGGACUGUAACCUACAGCUAAAGCAUCUUAAAAUUUUGUAGUUCCGUCACCUUUGCUGUCUUAGUAAUGAAAUUAUACAAUUCUGUCAAUUUUCUUAACUCUAUAUCCUACAGUGCAGUGAGGUUUGUAACAAUGGACUUUAUUAUCCGAAAGCAUGUACUUGCUACCAAAUUAACUGAUCUGAACUCUGUUGCUUUCUCUGAUUUUGCUGACAGUUUUGUUGCAGGAGUUUUUUAUGGUUUAUGCUUAAGGUGGCUUCUUUGAACAGCUUAACUAGAAAGGGCUUAGCUUUUUGUAUUGCAUAAUCAACAGAGGGUUUUUCUUUUCAAGAUUUCUUCUGAGCUUGAAUAAUAUUAUAGUUUACUAAUACUUUUUCUAGGCAAAGGAGUGACAGACUCUGGAUGCUCAUUAAUAGUACUAUAGUAGAUAGAAUGGAUGAGACUGAGGUCUGGUUUAGGGACAUGCUGUUUUGUCCCAGAGGACUUCAGAAAAAUUAUUAUUAUUAAUUAUAAUAUUAUUAGAUGACAGGUGUGGUGGAUUCUUUCUCAGAGCAUCUGACCAGUGCUCAGGCUGGUUUUGUGGACAUUUACAAAAUCUAAAUAGUCUACCAGUAGUUGUUCAAACAUCAGUUUGAAGGCCAGAUGUUAACAAAGACAGCAAAGGACAGAUAUUUUCCAACUGACGCAUGUGGUACUGCUACCCAGGUAUACUAGCUAGUUAUGUGAUAUUAAAUUUGCCUCAUGGAGAAGCAGUGUAAAAAUGUGCUCAAAUGAUAGGCACUGCAGUAAUAAUAAAUAUGAUCUUAGGUUGCCCAUGCAUAUCACUUCAGUGUGUCUGAGCUGGAAUUUUGAGUUCCCAUCAAGGGGAUGAAUGAUUGUAGACUCUGCCCUUUGCAUCAAGGAAAACCACAAACCCAUACAGAAUACAAACACAUCUUUCUCAAUUUGUGACUCCUGGAUUGCUGUGGAAGGUGUAAUAUGUAUCUAGAACUUGACUUACACUACAGCUAUUGUGUAAGGUAAGAUAAAAGCUGGUUAGAAACUUUUGCAGGCUUUUCUCUAGAAAGUCCUAGUAGCCCCAAUAAAUGUGUUUGUUCAGAAUAAAAGUCUGCUGUUUACAAUGCUCUGUUGUUUCAGUUGAGGAUUUUUUUGGAAGAAAACUAACAUAUGCAUGGAAUAUAUUUUAACUGUACUUCCUUCUUCUUAGUUCAGCUAAAGAUCAAAUAACUGAAAAUGAAAGAGUUUUGUACUUAGGUGUUUUUAUUAAAGCAUGCUGGAUGGCUGCACUCUUCAGCCUCCUCUCUUCCUAAAGCUGGCUGUUUGCAAAGCUGCCCAGCAUACGUGAUGGAGAGAUGAUUCUACAUUUCUCUGCUUGACUUGUGCUGAGCAUAACUCUGAUCUGUUACAGAAAAAUAGAGAAGUAAAUGCUUGCCAGGGAUCUCCCAGUAGGCAAAUGCAUAUGCACAUUCUGAAUUCCAGUAAGGCUGGCUUUUGGUCUUCCUUCAUCUCCUGCUUGUAUAAUUCAACAAAGUUUGAUUUCCUCAUCAGCCAGAUGAGCAGUUUCUGCUUCAGGCAUUCACUUGUACCAUUGUAGCUGUCUGUAUGUCUGCUCAGCCACAGAGCAUGGAAAGGGAAAGGGCUGCUGAGAGCAAAUAUCACUUAAACUACCAUUGCAGCCAAGAUACCCACACAGACAUAAUGUGAGUUUACUGAUCUAAAGCUUACCUGACAGUGAGUCACAGAGAAUUCAGGAAUUACAGAAGUGCAAAUAUGUAUUAAAGACAGGUCUACAGGAUGAAGAUUCAGAAUAUCUUUUCUAAGAUGCAUCAAAAACCAGCUUUCUGAUGCUGUAACUUAUGUCCAUUGUUUGUGAGGUGAUGUUUAAAAGUAUAGACCUAAUCAGAAUGCUAAGCCCAUGGUAUUUUCAAGCUUUUAGGUGAGUGGGAAAUCCUGGUCUAACAGCGUACACCUGUUGGAAAUUCAUCGUUUAAUGGUUUAAAUUACUAAUUGGCUAUAGAACGUUUAACUGCAAGCUUCAACUUGCUUAACUCAACUUUGACUGGAACCCCAAGCAAAUUUAUUUCAAGACAUUUAGCUUUUCAGGAAGUUCUGGGUUUUACUCGUAGAACAUGGUGGAUGGAUACUUUCGCAGAUUUUUCAAAACCAUAGUAUUAUAUUAAGUGCUUCAAAAAGGAUAAGGCACUAUAUUGCUUCAUAGAGUUCUUAGUUUUGAACUUUAGUUAGUUCUCCUUACUUUAACUGAUUAAUAUGGAUGUUUUAGUGCAGCUUCCAUGUUUGAAAAGGGGGGGAAAGAAUUCACCAAAACCCCCCACACCUGCAAAUCCAUAAAUCAAGACUUUGUUCAGUCUUGGUUGAUUCACAAUAGAAUCACAGAUUUUGUUCAGUCUUGGUUCUCUAUAGAAUGAAGAACCACUUAGCAAAUGUAGAGAGCAUCUUUUGUUACAACGGAUGAUCAACUCUCUCUGUAGGAUGGAAAUUGUGCAUUGUAUCAAGUAAGAGGCAGAAAAGAACUCCUUGUUUAGUUUUGGCUUUGUCAUAUAGGUACAACAAGGAAGAGCUACUGCAUGAAUUUGCAGCACUAGUGCAUUCCCCUGUGCUCUCACUUUCCCCAAAAACUCAAGUAUCCCAGUGAAUGCCUCUUUCAAGAAAGGGAUGUGACCUCAGGUUUAUUGUAUGUUGGAAACAUGCCCUUGGUAGGUUGCAGUUUACUAGCUAACGUGUGGAUACACUGCUGCUCUUUUCUUUCCCACUCCUUCUGUCUCUUACUUCUGCAAAACCUCUUGUGUGUGGGACCCAGCUUACAGUUCGGGGGUACAAUAUUGGCAGCGGUGGUAUUGUGCUGUCAUAGGGUGGAUCAGGGCGCAUCAGAUUAUAGCUCUUUCUCUUGAUGCUCAGUCAAUGAGUUGAUUUGUUUGUUUGCCUAUUUUAAAGCAGCUGUGAUUUGAUUAUCAAUGAAAGGUCAGAGUCCAGGUCUAGCUGGUUGUGAGGCAGAAUAAACACAGUGUUUUUCUGGUACUUCUCUGGCCGGAGUUUGGAGACUUGCAAAGGACUGGGUGUUGUAGUGGAUUUGUUUCAAACAUUAGGAUUCAGCUUGAGGAACAUUAGUGCUUUGCAACCAGCAUUAUUAAGUAUGUAUUUAAUCAUCAGGAAAACCAGCAUUUGGUGCCUACACUCUGUAAAAUAACAUGAUAGGGUUCUUCAACUUUCUCUGGACAGCGUCAUUUCUUUUUCUUAAUGAUCUUAUUUUUGAGUAGUGAGCUUAGUUCUUUAGCAGUGAAUUGCUUAUGAUGGCAUUGUCUGUUUGGUCUUACCUUCUGAAGAAAAUCCUGUAACCAUGGUCAAAUUCAAAUGCUUUAUUAGCCAGGAAUAUUUAAGUUUUUCUCAAUUAAAAACUAUCCUACUGUAGGGUGCAGGUGUCUUAGUGCAGUUUACUGAACUAAUUUAGUCCUACUAAAAUAUUACACAUUUACAUAGUACGAAGCCUUAAGUAGCUCAAAUAAAAUGUUUAAUACAUCUUGUAAUUUUGUUAAGCCUUUAAUAGGAAGCAUUCAGCCUUAUUCUUGUGAUGUAAUUUAUGAUGAGCAAUCUGUACAAGACAUUUACAUCUGUGUAUUGUGAGCAUUUUUGGCAUUCAGAUUGUUAGGAGCUGGAUAUAGUGGUUAUUCCAAAGCUGCAUCAUGAAUGUAAAUGUCUUUUCAUACUGAGAGCAAACAACCCAUGCAGCUUACUUGGAGAGGUAAGAGUCACUACUGUGCAGAUUAGGUAGAAGUAGUGUUCCUUCUUUGUUGUGCCAUAUUCAGGGGUGGAGGCUAUAUCUUAAGGUGCUUUUGUGUUUUGGGACACUGAAUACUGUAUUCCUCACUUCUGAGAAGUGAGAUAGUGUACCUAGACUUUGUAUAAAUGCAAUCAUACUCUGAGGUAAAAUGCUCUUAACCCAAAAUAUCUAUUUUGGAAUCUGCUCUAUUGUUAGCAGCCUUCAGCUUAAAGUGAUCCUGGUCUAAGGAAUGCUCUCACAUCCCCUGUGGAGUGGAAUCUGGAAGGGCUCAAGGCUCUUGUUUCUGAAAAGCAGAAUGCUCAUCUUCCAGGACUGCUUUUGUGAGUUUGCUGCUUUUAAAGGCCACUGGCCACAGAAGCACUGAGGCUCCUGAGCACUUGGUGCAUGCGCCUUGUGAUGCUCCUGGCUGGGAGGGUGUGCUGAAGGUGGGAGACAGUGCGUGGAGGGAGCUGUGUCCUGGCCACAUGCUUUGUGUCUGUGCCCUAAAACCUUGUGUGUUGAAGUAGAGCUAUUUUAAACAACUUUGUGAAUUUGCACCAGGUGUGUUUAAUUUUACUCCGUGAAGUUCCUUCAUGUAGAACCAACUUUUUUACUGAAGCUUUUUUUAACCUUCUGGGGAGGGCUUUUGCCUGGUAGUUCAAUACAAUGAUUUAGGAUAUUUUUUCAGAAUUCAUUAAUGGUUAGUGGAUGCUGCUUAAGGUAUAGUUACACAAUACUUGGAACAAAUAUGAAUUGGCAGCAGCUCCCAGUUCUGCAUUUCUGUUGCUGGCACUUGUCUGAUCUGGCAUUUCCUAAGCUGGUUUGGAGACCUCAAGUGACAGAAAAUAUUAGACUUUUUCUGGAUUAGUUUGGUUCCUUGAACAUUCCAUCCUAUUGUGGUGCGUAAGAAGAGAGAGUUCUGGGGAGAACUCGGGGCUUGCAGUAGUGUAGAGCUACAGGCAUGGAACUUCCUGAACUCCUGCAAUUCUUCAAAAGGGGUGAAGUGCUCCUUUUGAGCAGUUUUGUGCCUAUGACACUUGUUAGUAGUUGAAGAGCACUACUGAGUGUUUGAAAGAGGCGAGCCAUAAUGAAAGGUUGUCGUAGCUCCAUUCCUCCAUCAGUGGGCUUAAAGUCAAGGUCAGCAGUAAGUCACCUUUAUCACUCAGCUCAUCCAGAGUGCUGUUAUCAGUUUAAAAUCUUCACUGUCACAAUAAAACUUCUAUUUCCCUCCUGUCCCAGAGAAAGCUGGCUGUUAUCCAGAAAUUUUCCUACAAUAUUUCCUUCGACCAGUGUAUUCUUAAGACAAGUUCUGUAAGAUGCAGUGGUUUGUAAGAUUAAAUAUGUAGUCCAUGAUUCGUGGAGGAUUUUGGGUGUUUGCAUCCUGUUCAAAACAAUGGGUAGAUGCUGUUGUUGAUCCACAUAUCUGAAUUGUUGGUUAUUUACUACUUUUACAUUUUAAGGUGAAUUUCUACUUAAUUUUAUAGAAACUUUUUUUAAAGAAAUGUAAUUAUUUGUAUUACAGAGGAUCUGAAAUACUUUUGCAGUUGAGGCUUACUGCCUUUGUUUUAACUCUUGUGCAUUUUAACAUCUAAGGAAGCAGGAUGAAGAGCUCACAAAUCACACAUGCUGCACAUGGUGGGUUUAAGUCAUGUCAAACACUCAAGGAGUGUACUCUGUCAUCUGAGUAGGUGAAUAAAAUUAAGACAGCACAGUGAUGCUAGCAGGCCUGCAAAAGCUAUUCCUUCUGUUACUGAAUUCAGGGACUUGAAUGGCAGGUAAUAUGCUGAUGACUUUUUAAGUGCUUGUCAGUGUUGGUGAGGGAAAUAGAGAAAAAUAUUAAUCUGAUUCUUUGUUAGCAUAAAUUUUGAAUAUGGUGUUUAGAGAGUUUGCUGAAAGGUCUUUGCACAUCCAGGCAUGGCUUUAGUUCAAACACUUCUAUUUAGGAAAAAGUUGUAUUCAUGAAAAAAUUAAUGUACAAAUCUGUUGUACGCCAUCUGGAGUAACUAACUACUUCCUUUGUUUCUUUCUAGGAAAUACCAAAAUAAAGCAGAUGUUGUGUUCUGUACUGUUAUCUCAAGGUUUUGCAAGUCAUUCUGUUACGUGCUUCUUGGCAGCAGGAAUGUAAACUAAUUCUUUCAGUGCUGAACUAGAACCUUGACAAGGUUAAAAUUACAGAUUCAAUAUUGCAUAAACAUGGGUGCAUUUUUGGAUAAACCAAAAACUGAAAAACACAAUGCUCAUGGUGCAGGGAAUGGCUUGCGUUACGGCCUCAGCAGUAUGCAGGGAUGGAGAGUGGAAAUGGAAGAUGCUCAUACAGCUGUUGUGGGUAUUCCCCAUGGCUUAGAGGACUGGUCCUUUUUUGCUGUCUAUGAUGGUCACGCGGGAUCUCGUGUUGCAAAUUACUGCUCCACACACUUAUUAGAACACAUCACUAACAAUGAAGACUUUAGGGCGACAGAAAAACCUGGAUCUGCUCUUGAACCUUCAGUGGAAAAUGUCAAGAGUGGAAUCAGAACUGGCUUUUUGAAAAUUGAUGAGUAUAUGCGCAAUUUCGCAGACCUCAGAAAUGGCAUGGACAGAAGUGGCUCAACAGCAGUGGGAGUUAUGAUUUCACCUGAGCAUGUAUACUUUAUCAACUGUGGUGAUUCACGUGCUGUUCUCUAUAGGAAUGGACAAGUCUGUUUUUCAACACAGGAUCACAAACCUUGCAACCCGAGGGAGAAAGAGCGAAUCCAGAAUGCAGGAGGCAGUGUAAUGAUUCAGCGUGUUAAUGGUUCGUUGGCAGUUUCUCGAGCUCUGGGGGACUAUGACUACAAAUGUGUUGAUGGUAAAGGCCCCACAGAACAACUUGUUUCUCCAGAGCCUGAGGUGUGUGAAAUUUUAAGGGCAGAAGAAGAUGAGUUUAUCAUCCUGGCUUGUGAUGGCAUCUGGGAUGUAAUGAGCAAUGAAGAGCUCUGUGAAUAUGUAAAGUCUAGACUUGAAGUAUCAGAUGACCUGGAAACAGUGUGCAAUUGGGUAGUGGACACUUGUUUACAUAAGGGGAGUCGUGAUAACAUGAGUAUUGUAUUAGUUUGUUUUUCAAAUGCUCCUAAGGUCUCAGAGGAGGCAGUGAAAAAAGAUGCCGAGUUGGAUAAGUACUUGGAAUCACGGGUUGAAGAAAUUAUGGAAAAAGCAGGUGAAGAAGGAAUGCCUGAUCUUGCUCAUGUUAUUCGUAUUUUAACUGCAGAGAAUAUCCCUAAUUUACCACCAGGAGGUGGUUUAGCUGGCAAGCGUAAUAUUAUUGAAAAUGUGUAUACUAGGCUGAAUCCACACAGAGACAAUGAGGGGGAGCCCGGCGCGGCCGAGGAAGGCGGAACGCAGGGGAGGUUGGUGGAGGCGCUGAGGCAGAUGCGGAUUAAUCAUAGGGGCAACUACCGCCACCUGCUGGAGGAGAUGCUGGCCGGGUACCGCCUGGCGCAGCUGCAGGUACCGGAUGCUGGCCAGGUACCGCCCCCGCCCGGCCCCGGCCCGGCCCCGGCCCCGGGCAGCGACCGGAGCGGCCAGCAGCACUCGUGACACCCGCGGCCAGCUAGCGCUGCGCUUCACCGCCGCGGCUUCCUCGCUCACAUGGCACCGCGGCACUGCUAGCCUGGAAGACUGACUGGCUCUACUGUAGUUACGUGUACAGAUCGUUUAUACAGAGCUCUUACUUCCUUACGAGUUCAAUAUUGCACUUAUUGCGCCCUAAGUUGUGUAGAGAGAUUUAACUUCCCGUUUGAGAUUUUGAUCUUUUUUUUUUUCAAAUCCUGUGUCACCAAAAACAGGAGUCUAACAUGAUAUGCAAAAAGGCAUUUUAAAACUUUUUUCUUUUGAGAACAUUAUUAAACAAUAGUUUUGAUGAUAUAUGUUUGCUCAUUGUAAAGUAAUUUACAUCUUAGUUGUAUCUUUUGUGCAAUUUAAUUGAAUUAUACAAAUUAUUCAGGGUUUUUUUCCCCCAGCAUUGUGUACUGCAUGUUUGUGUUUGGUUUGUAUAUAGUUUCUAUUACAGCUAAAUUACAAAAGCUGUUUUAUUUUAGAUUGUCACUUAUGAAAUGUUUGAUUUUUUUUCCUUUUUAGUUUAGAUUGUAUCCAGUGUUCAUCAUAAAUACUGAUUUUUUAGACAAUGGUAUUAUUACUUCUCAGGUUGUAGCAUAGCAUAUAUCCAGAAAUGAAAAUGUACUUAGAUUUAGUACAUAGUGUCAAGUUACAAUAAUUUGUGAACAAGUGAAAAUAAAGAAUAUGCUGUGGAAUAAUAUCUGUAUGCAUAUUGACUCUUUUAAGUGAGUAAUAAACUUUCUUUGAAGUGUUGUCACUCUGACAUGACUUGAAACUUUUCGUAGCUUCUGAUGUGAUCUCACGGUGUUCAUUAGUUUCUACAAAGCUUUGAGUGAUUUUGGGUUUGGAGCAUUUGUAUUGCCCACUGUAUUGAGCAACAUUUCUCAGGUUCAAGCUAAACAUCAGCCAUAUAAAUGAAUAAACUAUUCUUCUAAAGCUUGCCUUCUGCCACAUCUUUUCUUGUCUCCUGGGGUACAGCACAUACACAUUUUGGUAGGUCGAUGGUAAUACUGGGACUGUGCAGUAGUGGUAGCUCAUCACUAAUAAGUGAAAUCUCUAAGCUUGUGUCAGUUGUCAGUUCAUAACAUAACACGUGCACAAAAAUAUAAUUGUUCAAAACAGGUACAAAUUUCACUGCCUUAACAAAAAUGACCCUGCAGGAAUUUCUUUUGGACCAGGAAUACCUGAGAAGCUGAGUUCCAUAGUAUUUUGUGGAACUUUUUUUGGGGUUGGUAGUCCACAGACAUAGUAUGUAUUGAUAGUAGUGAUUUAGUAAGGUAAAUCUUGGUUUUGAGUCAUUCUGCUAUAAGAGUUUUACUGGAUUCGUGUUUUAUAAAAGUAAAUUCCAUCAUGAUGUUGACAAACAGGAAAUAUUUGUGUAUGGAAGUGUACAGGUAUGGAAAGCAAGGAAAAUGUUUUCUGUCUCACACUAGUAUUCUUCUUAAUUAUGCCGCUGAAAUCCAAAGUGCAGCAAAAUGUUUUCAUUUGUAUUGGUGAGUAGUAAUGUUUCUCCUCUUCUUUUU